GCCAAAAUAAACUUAUUAUAUGAAUGUAACUACUACUAUACUACACAUGGAUAAUCAAAUCACCACCGAUCAAAUUAAAACCUUAUCAUCAUCUUCUUCUACCUCAAGUGGAAAUAAUGAUAAUAAGAACAAGAAGUACAAAGGUGUGAGAUUGAGAAAGUGGGGAAAAUGGGUAUCUGAAAUAAGGCUACCAAAUAGUCGUGAAAGAAUAUGGUUAGGAUCAUAUGAUUCAGCUGAGAAAGCAGCUAAAGCAUUUGAUGCUGCACUUUAUUGUCUUCGUGGUCGUCAUGCAAAUUUCAAUUUCCUUGAUACACCUCUCAAUUUGGAUAUCAAUGCAGUUUCUAACAAUUCACUUACACCACAACAAAUUCGAGAGGUUGCUGCAAAUUUUGCUAACAAAAAUCCACCAAUUAUUGAUAAUAAUAAUAAUGGAAAUAAUAGUAAUGUUCAAUCCAAUAUGGUGACGGAAAUUGGUGGCUCUUCAUCUACAACUACUAUGUAUAACAAUCGUAGCACGAUUGAUUGGACAUUUUUGAACAUGUUGGAUGGUUCAAAUACUCAUGAUGCUGACUUUGUUGGGUCUGAAAAUAUUGGGGGUUUCUAUUCUGACUUAGAAAAGUUGUAUUCGGGUGAGCUAAUGUAUUCCAUUGCACCACCACUUAUUGAAGAACACGAUGAUGAUGAUGAUGAUAAUGACCCAUUUUCCCAUCAAUCAUUCCUUUGGAACUGGAACUUUUGAGUGUGACAAUGAGUUUGUCAAAAUUACACCGUGUUUUACAAAAAAUACCAAACAUGCACGAAUUAUUAUGCCUCUAGGCUGGUUGUGUGUAAUUUCUAAAUUAAUAACAAUAAAUAAUAAGAAUGGCUGGUUGCUCAAUCUCAAACCACAAUCACAUAUUUCUCAUAAAUAUAUAGCAAAUUUCCGGGUAUUUUAUUAUGUGAUCUUUAUGUUACGUUUAUUAACAACAGGACUUGCCAACUAGCGGGAAUGGAUUUCCUCUAGUGUUAGAAUCUUUCCUGUUUUCUUCGGUGUGUGUGAGUAUUUAGUCAAAUAGAGA